AACUGGAAACAUCCUAUCCUACAAACAGGAUGAGUUGCAGAUAACGGCACACAGAAGGACCGAAAGCGUUUAGUAGAGCGAGAGAUAAACACAUGCACAGAGAGAAAGAGAGAGAGAAAAAGAGAGAGACUGCAAUGCUAAAAGGACGGACGAUUAAAAACCCAGACGUGCUUUAAAGAUGGCCAGCGCUCCUAUACCCCUCACUAAUGUGGGAAGUGGCUACACCAUCGUCACUCAAGUUCUUCCCUCAUCAACAUCCUCAAAUACAGCGGAUCAAAAUUCCCCUCAGACGCUUGGCCCACUGCAGAAAUUCCUGAAAGGAGAACCUAAAGCGCUGGGAACCGUCCAAAUAAUGAUUGGUUCGCUGAUGAUAUUGUUUGGCAUCGUGAUGGCGGUCUACCCUCAGACCAUCAGCGUGUACUCUGGAGUCAUGUUCUGGGGCUCGCUGCUUCACAUCGCUGCUGGUGCUCUGGCUGUUUCAGCAAGCAACAAGCUUAAUGCCUGUGUGGUGAAGGGCGCUAUGGUAGUAAAUAUUUUUAGCACGAUAGCUGCAGCAAUCGCCAUCAUCAUGCUUUCCCUGGAUUUCAUGUUUGGGGCAUUUUACAGACCCUGCUACUACUAUGACUUCAGUUUUGUAUGCCAUAUAAACUAUAUCACAGAGAGCCGUACCGAUGGAAUCGUUGGUGUUCUGCUGGUUUUCUCUCUGCUCCAGUUCGCCAUCUCUAUCGCAAUAUCAGCCUUCACCUGCAAAGCCACCUGCACCAAUGAACCUACCCUGAACAUCGUCAAUGUGGUUCCAAACCCUGAGGGAUGUGUUCCUGUGGUCAGUUCCUUCCCAGCUCAUCAUGCUCAACCGGGGGACAGUACAAUGAAUGCUUUCGCCAUGAGCAGUGCCCCUCCAGCGUACCGCGAGAAAAGCCAACCAGACUAAAUAAGAAAUUAUUCUUGUUAACUGUUAAAUAACACUGUUACUUAACACAAGAUGGAAAACAAUCACACUCGAGUGCCUACUACACGUCACACUGCGUACUUUAACAUCUACACACAUUCAACAUUUAAAUAAAUUCUUAUCUGUUUCGCAAAGGAAUCUGUGUACAUUGAACACACACACAAACAUUAUAUAUAUAUAUAUAUAUAUAUAUAUAUAUAUAUAUAUAUAUAUAUAUAUAUAUAUAUAUAUAUACAGUAUAUAUAUAUAUAUAUAUAUAUAUAUAUAUAUAUAUAUAUAUAUAUAUAUAUAUAUACACACACACAUUACAUCAUGUUUCUACAAUAGUAUAUAACACUCAUAACUCUCCUGUAAGGAGAAUUCUGCAAAGAUAAAAUAAAGGCAUUUUUAAAUGUAAACUAUUAUUUUAAAUAAAGUUUUUUAUUUUAUUUUUUUUAAGUGACCAAAGUUUAAACGUCUUUCGACUUCUGUGUUCUGCCAUGCUCAAACAAAGGACAAAGUAUCAUAAAAUAACAGUAAAGGUAAUAAAUAUGACUUAUUCUAUACUGUAUAUUGAUUAUUUGUGGGGUUUUUUUGUUGCCCCCUUUUUUAGCCUGACAGUCCAUCACAGUCAGAAUCAGUAUUUCCUUUAAUUUAAUGUUUCUUUUCAAUUUAGAAAGUCAAAUGGGUUUGAAACGGCUUGUUAAUAAAGACUGUAUUUUUGAGUGAG